AUGUCGUCUCGCACACUCAUCCGAGCCGUUCGACCGGCGCUGCUUGCGCCCAUGCUUGCACGCUCCACUGCUCCCUCCAUCCGCGCUGCUGUCCCUCGACGCAUUGCACCUGCCCUUACCGCCAUCCGCCCUCUCUCGACCACUCCCGUGGUUCGAUCCAAAGACACCAGCUGGCAGAGCAAAGGCGUCGUCAAGUACUCUGAACUCAAGCCCGAGACGGAAUCGCCGUCGGGUGAGAUUACGAUCAUCGACGUGCGCGAGCCCAACGAAGUCGCACAGGGCAUCAUCCCCUCGGCCGUCAACGUACCGCUAUCGCAAUUCCAAAAGGCUUUCUCGGGUAGCGGUGGCGACUUUUUGCGCGACUUUGCCUUCCAACGCCCCGCCUACGACGACAAGGUGGUCUUCUACUGCAGAUCGGGUAAGAGGUCCCAACAAGCGCUCGAAUUCGCCCAAAAGAACGGCUGGUGGAAUGUGAGGAACUACGAGGGCUCAUGGCUCGAUUGGGUGCAGCAGGAAGAAGCGCGUGGUCAAGCUUCCAAGAUCAAGGAAGAUGACGAUUGA